AUGGCGGAGUUCCGGGCGCUGGGGCUGGCGCCGUGGCUGGCGGAGCAGGCGAGGCAGGUGGGGCUGCUGCGGCCCACGCCCGUGCAGGCCGCCUGCAUCCCGCCCGUGCUGCAGGGCCGGGACUGCCUGGGCUGUGCCAAGACGGGCAGCGGGAAGACGGCGGCCUUCGUGCUGCCCGUGCUGCAGGUGCUCUCCGAGGAUCCCUACGGCAUCUUCUGCCUCGUGCUGACCCCCACCAGGGAGCUGGCGUACCAGAUCGCCGAGCAGUUCCGAGUGCUGGGAAAACCCCUGGGCCUGAAGGAUCGUGUGGUGGUGGGCGGCCUGGACAUGGUGGCCCAGGCCCUGGAGCUGGCCCGCAAGCCCCACGUGGUGAUCGCCACCCCCGGCCGCCUCGCCGACCACCUGCGCAGCUCCAGCACCUUCAGCCUCAGGAAAAUCAAAUUCCUGGUGCUGGACGAGGCUGACCGCCUGCUGGAGCAGGGCUGCGCGGAUUUCAGCGCGGACCUGGAGCUGAUCCUGGAGGCGCUGCCCGCGCGCCGCCAGACGCUGCUCUUCAGUGCCACCCUCACGGCCACGCUGAGCCAGCUGCGGGCCCUGGCUGCCAACAGCCCCUUCUUCUGGGAGGCUGAGGCCCAGGUGAGGACGGUGGAGGAGCUGGAGCAGCGGUACCUGCUGGUGCCCGAGGCGCUCAAGGACGCCUACCUGGUGCACCUGGUGCAGAGCUUCCAGGACCUGCACCAGGACUGGGCCAUCAUCAUCUUCACCAAAACCUGCAAGGACUGCCAGGUGCUGAACAUGAUGCUGAGGAAAUUCAACUUCCCUUCCGUGGCUCUGCAUUCCAUGAUGAAACAGAAGCAGAGAUUUGCGGCUUUGGCCAAGUUCAAGUCCAGCAUCUUCAAGAUCCUCAUCGCCACCGACGUGGCUGCCAG